AUCCCCAGAAAUUUUAGAUAUGAUGCAUUUCAAAUAAAAUCAACUUUAAACGGGAUAAUGAUCAGUAGCAUUUCCAAUGGCCUCAAACCAACUAGACGUGCAGCAGUCGGAAGACCAGCCGAAGAUUUCCACCUUUGCUGUAAUAGAUCUGGAGACGACUAACUUGCCCGAACACAAUUACAAUCGUGUCGGCAUUACGGAGCUGUGCAUUUACGCCUUUGAGGCCGAUCUCAUUAAGAAAGGUGUGGCUCAGAAUGAGGAGCAGGGUCAGCAGAAAGUGCCGGCGCCACCGCGCGUGUUGCACAAGUUGAACCUACUAUUCCAGCCGUCAAUGAUGGUGCAACCGGAGGCCGAGAGUAUCACAGGUCUAAGCAAUUACUUGCUGGAGCGGGAAUCCAAGUUAAACGGGGAUUCCGCACAACUUAUCAUCAGCUUCCUGAAACACUUGCCAGCUCCAGUUUGCCUGGUAGCUCACAAUGGCUGGGGUUUUGAUUUUCCCAUUCUGAGGCAGGCCUUUGAAAAACUUAACAUGGAACUUCCGCAUUCCAUGACUUGUGUGGACUCACUACGUGCCUUCUUUGAGAUAGACGAUAACCUUGUAAAGGAACAAAGUCUCUUGAAGGUUCCAGGGAAUAUGCAGGAACUUGAUCCAAAUGAUGAAACUGAAGCUGACACGCAAUUUGAAUCCAUUAACGAAAAUGACUCUGCCAUAAAGGAGCCAAAAGUUGCCAAGCAAAUUGACUGGAGAGUCAGGAAUGAAACGACUCCAAAGCGUCCUAUUCUGACCCCAAUGGAAGCUUCCGUUAAGCGCAAGUAUUUAUUCGGUGGCGAUGACGAUGAGGAUAUAAAACCUGCCAAGCUUAAAACCCAAGAGUUUCGAUCUCGCCGAAAACUCUUCAGUGGUUUGAUGUGUGCCGAGACAAAACGCUUUCCGCCCCGGGGUAUUUACAGAUUGGAAAAUCUGUUCUCUAGAAAAUUUCAACGGCCGGCAAGUAAUGCCCAUCAGGCUGAGGCGGACGUCGACAUGCUCAUGAAACUCAUCCAGCAUUAUGGCAUGGAUUUCCUGGCCUUUGCUGAGGAGCAAGCAAUUCUCUUCCACCAAGUAAGGCCGCUUGGUUCCCCAGUUGGACGAAAAUGGCGCGCAAUGUAAAUGUAUCCUACUUAUAAGUUUUUUUGCAUGACAUUGAUUUUAAUUUGUGAUGCAUUUAUAUUUUAUAUCCUUAAGGAUUUCUAUGUCUUGUAUAGGAAAAAAUUAUAUUUCAUGUUUAAUAUUUUUAUAUAAAAUUUUACCAUAAAACUGAAAUGGUUAGGUACAAAUAUUUAAUAUUUUAUUCUAUUUUAAAAAAAUUUAAAAAA